AUGGAGACGUUACUGUACGAAACAUACAAACUGAUAGAGCUAAACGAAACUCAAAUCAAUGGAGCUUGGAAAGGCGCUCAUCUCCUGCUGUUUUUCUUGGCGUUCGUGUUUGGGUCGUUCUGUACCUUCUGUUUCCACAUGCUGAUGUACUUCUUCGAGGAAAAAUGCGUAUUAUACCCGAAGCUCUUGAGUCUGUCCGAUGUUAAGCAGAGCGUUAUCAAGGAGAUCCUGCCCUACGAUAGCGAACAGCUAGAUAGUCUGCCCGUGGACUUUGUGAGCACGCAGUGGGUGGAGCAGAGCGUGUGCCACCUGCCCACGUACGUGCCGCUGGUGUCGGGCAUCUGCGGCCUGGUGUGGACCACACUGUUCCUCAUGUGCUCCACCGGCAGCAGGGUCUUCACUGGGUUGGAGCAAUCCUGGCGCAUUCUGCCCCCGGUGUUCUUGUUCUCGGUGGUAAUGGGCGGCGUCUGCGUGUACACAUCCGUCGUCACCACGCGCGGCCUGCACGAGCUGUGCAGCGAGCUCGCAGACAUCACUGGUGAUACCACGUGCUCGUUCGCCAUCAACGUGGUCACCCUGCCGUACGAGCGGCGCAUCUGCGGCGUGUACCAGGCGGUGGAGCUGACGGUGCUGACGGCGUGGCUGCACACGCUGUGCUGGCUGUUGUCGGCGCUGCUGACAGCGGCGCGCGUGCUGCUCGCCGUCGACUUCCAGCUGGUGCGGGUCAGCGUGCACUUGAGGGGGAACGUUGAGCUGAUACUGGUUAGUAAUAUAAAGCUGACGGUGCUGACGGCGUGGCUGCACACGCUGUGCUGGCUGCUGUCGGCGCUGCUGACGGCGGCGCGCGUGCUGCUCGCCGUCGACUUCCAGCUGGUCCGCGUCAGCGUGCACUUGAGAGGGAACAUUGAGCUGGUACUGGAGGAUCACGAGCACCAAGUGGGUAGUGUGGGCUACGAUCAGCGUCACUGGUCCGACCAGUUCACGCUACGGGAAGACCCCUACUACGGCUCCUCCUACCUUCGAUCAGUGCCCAGGGAACAGCGGUUCAUCGUCCGAACCGUCUUCAACCUCGUCAACAAUGCCGUGACCUUGGCCGAGUUCAUGAGGAAACAUAAUGUCCAACUAAAUCAAACUCCGACGAAAGGUGAGAAUGAAGCCGCCGAGGACAGGGAAACUUUACGACCAAUAAAAACACAAUAUGACAAUUCGGAAUCGGUGAUGUCGUUGAUGACGGGCAUCGCACCCUUCAGCUUCACGGAGGAGAAGGCCGGCGUCAGCUUGUUCCUCAGCCUCCUCCACCGCCUCCCGUGGGCGUUGAAGAUGUGGUCGGACAGCGAGUCCCGGUCGCCCGGGCUGAAGAUCCCGUGGGCUUGGAAGUGGUCGAAGUGCGUGAUCAGGAUGAGCUUCGCCAGGUCCGGAUCGUGGACGUUGAGGACGGGCUCGGAGAAGGCGUACAUGCCCACGUACGGGAGAUGUCGGUACUUGAAAUUCCCGUACGGGGCGCCCGGGACGGGACCGGAAUCGACUAGUACACGUGGUAGUACUGAACCUUCAUCGUCAGAAAAAUCGUCACGAACUUCGUUCUCAUUACUAGAUUCUUUGUAUUCGGCUAUAUUCUCUACAUUUUCUUCAUUGUUAUCAAAUACCAACUUAUUAUCUUCUGACGAUUCAGAAUCCUCUUCUGUAAAACAUUCAGUACCAGAACUAUCCCCCGACUCGUGA